AUGUCCACACGGAAACCGCCUCCGAUUAAAGCGAGUGUAGGGAAGAAGCAGGACCUGGAGAAAGCGGGUGAGACCAAGGAGGAUCUGUCGCGGAUCUCUUUGGAAAGUCUUCAGAAAGAAGUUGAACAAGCUCGAGAACGCCUAGCGAAGUGCAAAUCCGAUCGCCUCUAUGUGCAGCUCGAAAAGGACAUGAUAUGCCGUUUUCGAGAUGCCUGUCAUCACAAGAGCUCAGAUUUAGACCGGAAAUUGCUUCUGCACGAUGCCCGCGUUGAGAACCUUGUUCGGCAACACCGUGCAGAAAUUCUUGCGUACGAGCAGAAAAUUGACAGCCUAGAGCAUGCACAUAAGCUAGUGAAGAAGGACAUUCAGACUAAAGGGGAAGAGGCUGUCAUGGAAGAAGACUUAAUGGACGAGACGGUGCUAAGCCAACACCACAAAACGACUUGGGAACUUGAGGCAGCCGCGGCAAAACAACGGAAAAACCAGGAGCAGGAAGUCGCCAACCUGCAAAACGCUUUUGAGCAGCACUUGACCAAGCUCGGUGAGAGAUUCAUGCGCUCAUUUGAGGAAUUGAAGAAUAAAUACAAACAGCAGUUUGAGGAAGCACGUCAAACUCUUGAGCUACGAGAAAAAGUCGAGGUUCACGAGGUGGAAGAGCGCAAGAAUCUUCACAUCAACGAGUUAAUGGCUGGUCACCGAAGCGCUUUUGAGCAGAUCAAAGCGUACUACAAUGAUAUUACACACGAUAACUUGCAACUCAUCAAGGAGCUCCGUAAAGACAUCGCCGAAAUGAAGGCCCGAGCCAAGAUCACGCGUAAACAGAUGCAAGACACCCAACAAGAAAACCUACAGCUGAGAGAGCCUCUCCGCCAGCAGCAACAACUCAAAGAAAAGCUAGAACAACAACUGCGGUUUUACGUCAAAGACAAGAUGGCGUUGCAAAAUAUUCGUGCGCGAGAUACGCAGCUGGAGGAAAAGGUGAAGGCAGCGAAAAAGCAUAAUCAUCAGAUGGAACAGCAGAAGCACAAGCUUGAACGUGACAUCGGGGAAUACACCCGGCGGCUACGGAACUUACAAAGUGACACGAGUCUGAGAACGCAGGCAAAAAUCAUGCUCUACGAACAGAAAGUCAGGCAAAUGCUCAAGUCUCUGGAACACAAGUUCCGUGAAAGGGAACAGUUGGUUGCAUCUUUGAAACUGAGUCCCGAAGCGUCAAUGCACAUUGUAGAGUUGCUCCGGCGGAGCUUCUGUGAGAAGAACGACGAGAUCGAGACUUUGCGUGCUGAGCUUCAGAGGGUGGCAAAGAGUUACAAUGAUACUGUCUUAGCCAUGCAAAGCAGGCUGAAACAAUUGGGGAUCAACAGCGACGCUUUUGAUUUUGAACUGGUUCAGGACACAGAUUUCAUUUCCAACGUCCCCGCGCCGUAUCUCACCACGACUGCUCCCGUUGCCAGAGGAAAUCCAACUGUGAAAAUAUAG